AUGGAUUUCCGCUCAUGGGUAAGACAGAUUAGGAGAGCAGCAAAUGAGAUGGAGAGCUACCUCUGCAGCAGUCUGAAUGCAGUCCCUCUCUCUGCAGCUGCACAGAGCAUCAUAGCAGCCCUUCGGGUCCAAUAUGUGCACAGAACAGGAAGAAGCAGAGCUAGUGAGUCAGAAACAGAACAUUCUAACAGUAUUAUAAACUUCAGGCUUGGUGACUUUGAGAGACUAGUUCACAAACAGGUGCUAAAAUGGUUUCAGUAUUUUUCUGAGGGAUUCUUUAACUUAUUAAAAAUUACAGGCUCAUCUGGUGGAGGGUUCCGACUGCUUCAGCAGGAUUUGUGUGAAGGGGAAAGCAGAGCCUUGGUAUUUAAUGAUUUGGUGGAAGAUUCAAACCACUUCAAGUUAAAGAAUGUGACCAGUAAUGAAAGGUCUCCUCUGUACCAUGCUGGUGAUAUAAAGCCCAACAUCCAGCCUUGUAUACCAAUAGCACAAGGAGAAGACAGUUUACAUAUGUUCAUCUUAAAUAACGUGGGAAGCCCUCAGAUUAGGCCAGACAUUGUGACAGAAGCAGAGAUCCAUAGACUGACCUUCGGUAAGAGGUGUUGGAAUCAAUCACCAAGCCCCACUGAAAAAGACCCAGUAGGCUGUGAUCAACAUGAGGCUCCUCCAGUGAAGAAGUUGGACUUUGGGCAGCUUACUACUAAGAGCUGUCAUCCAGCGUCUGGAGAAGAAAAAAAGAGGAUUGACAUUGUGGACAGUGUAGGACAGCCAUUUUGGACUUGUCGAUCGGGGUUGACAGCGAAAGAUAACAGUGAUUCUGUUUUUGAAGGAAUCUCUAAAGAGGCCAGAACUGAGCAAGAUGUGUUCAUCCAAGUGCAGCAUAGUAAUCAUAUGUCUAAUGUAGAGAAACCAACACUUAAGCUUGAGGAUCUGGAGAGCAGCCAUUGCUGGCAAAAUAGCACAAACUCUGAAUUGUCAGUUCCAAUGGAAAGCUGUGUACAUGCCGAAAUACAUGGAAGCAUCUCUGUCCUUGAAUGUGUGCAAGACACACGUGUUAGGUCAGGUGAAAUAUUGGACUCAGAGAAGGGAAAAGACAAUAGUGGCUCUGAAAGAAGAGAGAUUACCAAGAGCAGAACUAGUUCUCCCCAGACAGAUAAGAAUACGAUCUGGAUACCGGCUGGGGAUAUAGAUCGAAAGAUGGAGUUCACAGUACCCCAACAACACCACAUUCAGCCUCACUCUCAGGCUGGUGAGCUGAAGUCAUUUUCAAAGCAUGCUGGGAACUGGAACCCCCCUGGACCCUCACAGGAAGCUCCUAAGAUCAUAUCAUCACAGGAGUUGUGCAAAAAGACACUCAGAUCCUUGAGGUUCCCCUCACAGCUCAUCCACAGGGCAAAAGUAAAGGGCUCAAUAAAGCUCCUGAAACCAAAACCUCUACGGCCUGAGGUCAAGAGGCAGAGACAUCCUCUCAGACCCCAGAAAGAAUUAAAGAGUCAAGGAUCCAAUAAACCAAAUCACUCCAAACCUCCCAAGCUCUCUGAUCCAAGUCUUUCAGACUCCAAACAAAGCUAUGAAAUACCUGCGGAAACAGACAGAAAAGAAGAUGGAACUGCAGCAACCACUAGGGCGGCCUUUAGUUUGACCUCUGACCCCAGGGUGUGUGACACAGGCUGUCUCUCACAAGAGGAGAGAAAGUGUUUGCUUGAGGAGGCUGGAAAAGUAAAAGCAUUUGUUGUUACCAUGGUAUUCCAAGAUGGCACCAUACAAUUGGACCCAGAACAGAAGCUGUGCCCUUCAGUGUGUGGCAUGCUGGUUCUGUUGAAGAGGGAUGCAGAUUCAGAGGAACCACCAGAGAGGGUGCUGUACCUCAGACUAGAGCAGGCACCAGCCUGGGCCCAACAAAACUGUACACAAAAGCAGGAUGUCUUUACCAGAGAGAUGCUCAUGCAGAUGAUGUGUGAUACAAAGCCGUUUGUGUGCUUUAAAGCUAAAGACCUGCUUCGCACAGCACUGAAACACUUCAGCAAAGACUUGAGCUGGAAACAAGUGUUGGGGUGUCAAGUGAUGGAUCCUCAGAUUGCAGCAUGGUUGUUAGAUCCUGCCGACUCUGCGUCCUGCUUUCAGACUCUGCUUUCCAAGCACUGCACACAUCCAGUUACGUCCACAUCACUGCAACCUGCGCUUGGGCAAGCCAAGGUGACUCAAGUGAUCUCAAACUUGUCUCUCCUAUACAAUCUAAUGGAGGAACUGCAUAACAAGCUUAAGACUCAGGGGCUGUUGCAGCUCUAUUCUGGCAUAGAACAAAAGAUGAUUCCAGUUCUGGCAGCAAUGGAAAACUAUAAAAUGCAUGUGGACAAGGAGGCCUUGAAAAAUACUUCAGAGUUGCUGGGGUCUAAGCUGAAGCAGUUAGAGCAGGAGGCUCACCAGGCUGCAGGUCAAAAGUUCUUGGUGUCCAGCAGUGCUCAGCUCAGACUGAUCUUGUUUGAGAAGCUGCGUUUACAUGAACUUUGUGAGAAUAAGAAGCUUCCCAAAACAAUCAAAAAGCAGCAGUCCACAUCAGAAACUGCACUCUUGCAACUACAGAAGCUGCAUCCUCUGCCCAAAAUCAUACUUGAAUACAGACAGAUUCACAAAAUCAAGACUGCAUUUGUGGAUGGCAUUUUGUCUUGUAUAAGCAAGAUGUUCAUUUCUUCUACAUGGAAUCAGACAAGUACAGUGAGUGGCAGACUGUCUGCUAAACAUCCUAAUUUUCAAGCUCUUCCAAAGCAGCCACUGCGGAUCUCUAAGAAACAGUACAUCCAAGGAAAGAUCUCUGACGUAGUGACUGUCCACCCACGUGCCAUGUUCAUUCCACGGGAGGGUUGGACCUUCCUUUCUGCAGAUUUCUGUCAGGUGGAGCUGCGUCUCUUGGCUCACCUGUCAGCUGACCCACAGCUGAUGAGAAUCUUUCAGAACACUGAAACAGACGCCUUCACUAUGCUGGCAGCCCAGUGGAAGGGUACGAGUGAGGACAGAGUGAGUCUGGAGGACAGAGAGCAUGCCAAGCGUAUCGUCUACUCUGUGGUUUAUGGAGCUGGAAGAGAGCGGUUGUCUGGUAUUCUGGGGGUGAGUGCACAGGAGGCCAGUCGUUUUCAUGACACUUUUCUACAGACGUACGGAGAGGUGCCCGCCUUCAUCCAACACACCAUCCAGCACUGCCACAAACACGGUUUUGUCAAGUCCAUUAUGGGAAGGCGCCGUUCGCUCCCUCACAUUCACUCCGCUGACUGGAGCCUUCGAAACCAAGCGGAGAGACAGGCGGUCAACUUUGUACUACAGGGCUCAGCUGCAGACCUAGCCAAAAUGGCAAUGAUCAGAGUCUGCUCUCAAGUGGCUUCUGCCUCUUACACUGCCAGGCUGGUGGCUCAAAUCCAUGAUGAGCUGCUGUUUGAAGUGGAGAUCUCACAAUUGGAGCAGUUUGCUGUGUUGGUGAAGAAGACCAUGGAAUCUCUUCAGCACAUUGAAAACUGGGGAGUGAAUCUCUCUGUGCCCCUCAAAGUCUCACUGUCCACGGGACCAUCGUGGGGCUCGAUGUGCGAGAUGAACCUCCCCUGUACCACCACAGCUACUUCUCUCUGAGUCUCCCGCUCUUCCUCUCCAUCCCGUAACUAUGGUAACCGGGCAGCUGCAGUUCCCAAUUCUUGUUUCUCACUGAUGUAUCCGAGGGCAACGGUAGGAGCGAGCUGGAUCGUACCAGUUUGUUUUUGGGAGGGCUUCUCUGGAUUCAUUUUUAUCUUUUAACUGUUGGAAUCGGUUCUUCUUCUCAGUGUUCAGAACCUAGUAUUUCUGCAUGAACCUGCAUGUUUUUUUAAAAUUAAUUAAUACUGUUUGUACACCCAUUACUAUUGACAUAUUCAGUGACAAAUAAUAAAUACAGUCCUCUUGUAAGCCUCAUAGCGACGACUUAAUUUCAUAUGUAUUAUUGGCUUGGUGAGGCGAUGAUGCUGCUAUCUGUUUCUCAGCUGCUGUGAUGGAACGUCUGUCUCCUUAUGAAUAUUAAUAAACUCAGUCCUUAUUUA